AUGAGCUGGUGGUGGAAGCAGAAACCUGCCUCGAGCAGUGAUGGUGGCAGAGGGGAUGCUGCGUCCGUGCCUCAGACUCAGGACGACGUCGUCACCAUUCCUCCUGUUGCGGUUCCUGAACCCGUCAAACGCACCCUCACCAGGGAUGAACAGAGUGAGCAGGAAUUGAUGGAGUUCCUGAAGGAGCUCCAGACACAAGCAGACCUAGAGCAAGCUCAGAGAACGAACUCCAAACCACCUACAGCACCGUCAUCGCAACAAGCAUCACUGGCCACAGACAUCUCUCCCGACUCCCUCUACCCAGCCGAGAUCUCUUGCAGAUCUGCCUUCGAUUAUGCCAUGUUCUGCCAGAGUUUUGGAGGUCAAUUUGUCAACGUCUAUCGCUAUGGUUCUUUCCGGUCAUGCUCAAAUCACUGGGACGACUUCUGGCUGUGCAUGAAAACCCGGAAUUGGAAAAAGGAGGAUCGUGAGACGGCUAUACGCGAGCAUUAUCGGAAGAAGGCCGUGAAGUGGAAAACGGGCCCGAGCAGUGAAGACAUCUGGGAGGUCCGACGAGAGCCGGUCAAGGAUCCUUUCUCUGGGAAUUUGGCAGAGCUCGAAGCUCAAAUGGCCGAGUACAAGAACAACCAAGCACAUAGUGGCAACGACGCAUAA